CUGCCUUCCGAAUACUUGGAUCUCAAGGUAUUCUUUUGGAAACACUUGCGCUGUGGAGGUUGAAAGGGCGAUUGACAUCUAAGACUAUUUUGAAAUACAGAACCGCUCGAUUCGACUUCUGCCACGUACAUGACCUUGGUUUCGUCGUCAGUCAUGGCGGACACCGAGGAAAUCACCACUGCUCAAGCGCCAUUCGAUGACCAUAACUGUGACAUCAUCCUCCGUUCAAGCAAUGGUGUCGACUUCCAUGUCUUCAAGCUCAUUCUUGCGCUCGUGUCACCCGUGUUCAAAGACAUGUUCACGCUACCACAGAGCGAAUCACAGUCAGACGUAUCGUCCGUACCUGUCGUUACUGUGGCUGAGAGCAGCACGACCCUCGAAUCACUUCUUCUACUCUGCUAUCCUGCUACAACCCCAACCUUCGACGGCUUGGAUGAUGCAAAGGCUGUGAUGGAAGCAGCUAGGAAGUAUGACAUGCAAGCGGCUCUCAGCCGUGCAGGAGACAUCACAAUGGCCCAGUUUUUACCAAACCACUUUCUCGAGCUAUACGCUCUCUCUUGUCGAUUCGGGUGGGAGCAUCAUGCGCAGACAGCCGCUACACAGGCCCUUACGAUCAAAAAUCUAGGACGGCCCAGCAAUAAAUUUGAUGGUAUGCGGGACAUCAACGCUUUGGAUCACCACAGGCUCCUCGAAUACCAUUAUAAAUGCGGUGUCGCUGCUCAAGCAGUCGGAAGCUCUCUUUCCUGGCUAGGGUUUUCGUCUAGACAGAUGCAACUGUGGAGGCACUGCAGUUGCAGAAGUGGAACGGAUGCCAUGAUAGUUCAGGCAGACUUCGGAAAUAUCAAGGUCGCCCCGUGGUUCUAUGAGUAUCUGGUUUCAAGUGGGAAGGAGUUAUUGGCAAAACCAUGCAACUCGACAUUAUGGGAGUUGGCGUCUUACAAUCGCGCUAUUACCAAAGCGACUGAGUGCAUCUACUGCCGGAGCACGGUCGUCGAGAAUAUGGACAGAUUCCGUGUUUUGUAUAUCGCACAAGUUAAAAAAGUGGUUGCGACUGUGAGAUUGGAGGCUUCUGAUUAAAUUCCUUCCCGUCGUGUUCUGCAUAAUACGAUAGCUGGCGUUGUGUAGGAUACUUAGGCUGUACUGUAGUAAGUUGGCGACAGUGGCUGAUAGAGGCUGU